UUCGCCCAACUUUCCCUUCGCUUUCUCUCUUGGCUAACAGAAAACGGCACCUCCGUCUCCCCCAAGAUCGAGCUCGCAGACCUUCGACACCGCAAUGCUGGACGAGGUGUGAUUGCUAAGGACGACAUCGAAGAAGACGAGGAGCUCUUCAGCGUUCCAAGAUCAACGAUUUUGACGUCUGGAACAUCAGAUCUUCCGUCCGACAUCCGGGCAGCGUCACCGGAUGAUCCAUGGCUGUCCCUCAUACUGGCCAUGAUCUACGAAUAUCAACAUGGGGCCGAAUCACGAUGGAAGCCGUACUUUGACGUCCUCCCAACCCAAUUCAACACUCUGAUGUACUGGACAGACGAUGAGCUCGAGCUCUUGCAAGGCUCUGCUGUCGUCUCCAAAAUCGGCAAAGACAAGGCAACUGAGACAUUUCGCACUACCAUCCUCCCCAUCAUCAGACAAUACGAAGCCAACUUUGCAUGCACCCAUCUCAGCGACGGUCACCUCCUCGAUCUUUGCCAUCGCAUGGGAAGCUCCAUCAUGGCCUACGCCUUCGAUCUCGAGUCCUCAACCAACACCACCUCCACACGCAACGAAGAAGAUGGAUGGGAAGAAGACUCCGAUACAGAAGACACACUGCUGCCCAAAGGCAUGGUACCGCUGGCGGACAUGCUGAACGCAGACGCCGAUCGAAACAAUGCCAAACUGUUCUACGAAGAUGAUAACGUGGUCAUGAAAACCAUCAAACCUGUUCGCAAGGGGGAAGAGCUCUUCAAUGAUUACGGGCCACUGCCACGAGCUGAUGUGCUGCGGAGAUAUGGGUAUAUCACGGACAACUACGCGAAAUACGACGUGGUCGAGAUUUCGCUGGAGCUGGUCAAGUCGAUUGCGUCAAAAGAAUUGAACAUUUCCCCGGAAAAGGUCAACACUCGAGUCGAUUACCUGGCCGAACAUGACGUCGUGGAAGACGGCUUCGACAUUGCUGGCGCAGCUUCAGAAGAUGAGCACUUCCCGCCCGAACUCACAGUGCUUCUCAACACCCUGGCCUUACCUCAAGCCGACUUUGAGAUUCUCAAAAAGAAAGACAAGCUGCCCAGACCCGACUUAUCACCUGGGGCAUCGAAGCUACUCCACAGCGUGCUACUUCAACGACAAGCAAGGUAC